AUGGGGCUGAGCGCGGAGGAUGCGGCGGAGCAGGAGGAUCGCUUCGAUGGCAUGCUCCUGGCCAUGGCCCAGCAGCACCAGGGCGGCGUGCGCGAGCUUGUCAACACCUUUUUCAGUUUCCUGCGGCGUAAAACAGAUUUCUUUACUGGUGGAGAAGAUGGAGUAGCAGAGAAGCUGAUCACAGACACCUUCAAGCACCACAACAAACUGGCUCAGAAGGAGCGGAAGGAGAAGGUGGCUCGGGAGGAGGCGGAGCGGCGCCAGAGGGCAGAGCGAGCUGCCAGGCUGGCCAGGGAGAGGCAAGAGGCCAACGAGCCCAGGAUCAAGGAGCUCACAGAUGAGGAAGCAGAAAGGCUGCAGCUGGAAAUCAACCAGAAGAAGGAGGCCCAGGGGGAGCUGAACAGCAUCCCAGUGAACAGCUCCAAGGAGGAAGGAGAAUCUCUGGAGUCCAACAAAGAGGAAACAGAUGAUGAAGAGGAAGAUGAGAAGGAUAAAGGAAAACUUAAACCCAACUCUGGCAAUGGAGCUGACCUUGCAAAUUACAGAUGGACACAGACCCUCUCAGAGCUGGAUCUGGCUGUGCCUUUCAGGGUGAGCUUCAGGCUGAAGGGGAAGGAUGUGCAGGUGGAGAUCCAGAGACGCCGCCUGAGGGUGGGCCUGAAGGGUCACCCUCCUGUCAUUGAUGGAGACCUCUUCAACGAGGUGAAGGUGGAGGAGAGCUCCUGGCUGAUUGAAGAUGGGAAAACAGUCACUGUGCACCUGGAGAAGAUCAACAAGAUGGAGUGGUGGAACAAAUUAGUCUCCACAGACCCUGAAAUCAACACCAAGAAAAUCAACCCAGAGAACUCCAAGCUGUCAGACCUGGACAGUGAGACCCGCAGCAUGGUGGAGAAGAUGAUGUAUGAUCAGCAGCAGAAGUCCAUGGGGCUGCCCACCUCUGAUGAGCAGAAGAAGCAGGAUAUUUUGAAAAAGUUCAUGGAGCAGCAUCCAGAAAUGGACUUUUCAAAGGCUAAAUUCAACUGAGGCCUCCUCUUCUCCCCCCUCUUCAGUCAGCCCAUGGAAGGGGGCAGGAUGUGCAUUGUUGGACGUCCCCCACCCUGGGCAAGUGACCACUCUGAGCACCCCACCCAAGCCUGCUGCAGAGGCAGCUCCAGGAGGUCCUCCUCAGUUGUCCUGUGUGGAGCAGAGCAGGAGGCCACAGCCUGCAGCAGCUCCACUUGGAGCCAUCUGUGCCACUUCCCAAAGGGCAGCUGAGAGCCAGGGAGGGCUUGGAGCCAGAAGAGGGUGAGGGCUGCCAGAGCCAGGCUGGAGAGGCCUGGGGACAGAUCCUGGAUGUGUCCCUGGGCUUCCUCUCCUGGCUCUUCAGAGCUGCUGAUCCUCUCUUUGCCAUUACAGUUGGGCAGCAAAGUACCCCUGGUUUGUGCUGCCUCUCCCUUGCCCUUGCUGCUCACUCAGUUUAUUUUGUACAAUUCUCCUCCUGCCUCCUUGGGGAGGGCAAAACCAGCUAAGCCCCCCAGCUCCUGCAGCAGAGCCUCUGCUCCUGCUGCUGCUUCUUCUCUAGCCCUGCAGGGGCCAGGGGCAGGGCUCCAUCACUGCUGCCUCCUGCAAGGGAAGGCUGUGGGGGG